UGACCGUGUCAGCAUGCCUACCAUUGGGGUAAAACGUGACCUGCUAUUCGAGGCGUUGGGAAAGACUUACACCGAUGACGAGUUCCAGGACUUGUGCUUCGCCUUUGGUCUGGAGCUGGAUGAAGUGACCACGGAGAAACAGAUGCUGACCAAGGAGCAGGGCGAUGUAGCGGCGGCGGCGGAUGCUAGCGAGGAAAUCAUUUACCGAAUAGACAUCCCAGCCAACAGGUACGAUCUGUUGUGCCUGGAGGGCCUGGUCACGGGUCUGCUAGUGUUCCAGGGAAAGCUCAAGCCACCCAAGUUUGAGUUCGUGGAGCCAGCUAAGCGUCAGGUACUGAAGGUUGACCCUUCGACGGCAAAGAUCCGUCCGCACGCGGUGGCUGCCGUGCUCCGGAAUGUCACCUUCACGAAGGCCUCGUACAACAGCUUCAUUGAUCUGCAGGACAAACUGCACCAGAACAUCGCCCGCAAGCGCACGCUGGUGGCCAUCGGCACCCACGACCUGGACACCAUCCAGGGUCCCUUCAGCUACGAAGCUCUGGCGCCUGAGCAGAUCAAGUUCAUACCGCUCAACCAGAAGCAGGAGAUGAACGGCAAUCAGCUGAUGGACUUUUAUUCCACGCACGCACAGCUUAAGCAAUACUUGCCUAUCAUUCGGGACUCGCCGGUGUAUCCGGUGAUCUACGAUGCCAACCGUGUGGUGGUCUCUCUGCCGCCGAUCAUCAACGGCGACCACUCCAAGAUCUCGCUGCAGACCAAGAAUGUGUUCAUUGAGUGCACGGCCACGGAUCUCACCAAAGCCAAAGUGGUGCUGGACACCAUCGUGUGCCUGUUUUCCGAGCACUGUGCUCAAAAGUUCACCGUGGAACCGUGCGAUGUGUUGCAGCCCGAUGGCAGCGUGGUUUCCUAUCCUGAGCUGGCAGUGCGUGAGGAGCGGAUCUCGGUGAAGCGUGCCAAUGCUUACAUCGGUAUCGAGGAGCCAGCGGCCAAGCUGGCCGAUAUGCUGACCCGCAUGUAUUUGGAGGCGAGGGUUGAUGGCGGGGACUCGCUGGUGGUUAAAAUACCGCCCACGCGACAUGAUGUCAUCCAUGCCUGCGACAUCUACGAGGACAUAGCCAUUGCCUUCGGCUACAAUAACAUAAAGAAGUCCCUGCCGGCCUUCAUGCAGAUAGCCAAGCAGUUUCCCCUUAACAAACUCACCGAGCAGCUCCGUGAACAAGUGGCCCAGGCAGGAUUUACGGAGGCCCUGACAUUCACGCUCUGCUCUCGCGAUGACAUUGGUCGUAAGCUGAACAAGACCAUCGAGGCCACUCCGGCCGUCCACAUUGGUAAUCCGAAGACUCUAGAGUUCCAGGUGGUGCGCACGACCCUAUUGCCUGGCCUUCUCAAGACCAUAGUAGCCAAUCGCAAGAUGCCUCUGCCACUAAAGCUCUUCGAGAUCAGCGAUGUCGUGAUAGCGGAUGAGAACACGGAAGUGGGGGCCCGCAAUGAGCGACGAGUGUGUGCUGUGAAUUGCAAUAAAACGGCUGGCUUCGAGGUGGUCCAUGGACUCCUAGAUCGAGUGAUGCAGCUGCUAUCGGUACCCUGGAAAACGGGCAGCGUGACCAAGGGUUAUUACCUCCAGGCAACUGAGGAUCCUAGCUAUUUCCCCGGUCGGUGCGCCAAUGUGAUGUACGACAACGUGGCCAUCGGUAAGAUUGGCGUCCUGCAUCCCACUGUGCUGCAGGCCUUCGAGCUGACCACGCCUUGUUCGGUGGUAGAGUUCACCAUCGAGCCCUUUGUCUGAGAUAAAGAAUCGAUCAAAGAAAUGUUAAACAUUUUUCAAGAGUUCACAAAUAAACUAUCACAAAUCUAUA